GCACCAGGAAACAGAAGAAGAGUUUGCGGAAGUGUCAACGACACGCUAAAACAUGGCUACCCGCACGCGAUUGCCCUUGCAGUCAGUAUUUUAUAAAAAUGGAUUAUUGUUCAGAAGCGGACGACUUGUUCAUACUAAGACAGUAAUACAGCAGCCAGCAUACCCUCCCAUAGUACCUUCUCUUACUGCUAAAAGUAAAUCUGCAAAGAAGCGUCAGUUAGAAGAGCACGUCAACAAAGUUUGUACUGCCAAUGAUGUACAGGAGAAAUUGAAGCUACUUACUAAAAUACAGCGAAAGAAAUACGUGUUGCAUCCGCAGACAUUCGCUUUGAAUUCCGAUAAGUGGUACCAGCAUUUCACUAAGACCGCAUACCUACCUGGCUUACCGGAUAAAUUCUCAAUCGUAAGCGAGAGUAAAGAUGAGUCGGCCCCUGACGCUCUGCAGAGUGUUUCAUCACCAUCAGCCGCUAUUGAUGAGAAUGCAUAUGCAGACAUACGAUUGCAUUUUAUCAAUGCUAUUUUGCAAGAGAACUGGUACAUGAAGAAACCCAGGCAUUUCAUGUUUAGAGAACAAGAGCAUAACGUGGCCCCUUUCCUGAGGAACCUGAUGUCUGGACUCACCUAUGCACUGGCAAAGCACAACCCUGUGCUUCAGUGUUCAAGCCUAGACCUGGACCCUCAGGUCAACUUUUACUGGCUAAGAGGGCAGAGGACCAUCCCUAGGGGACACCGGAGAGGCAGAGUGGAGCCCAUCAGAUUCCAGAUAGAUGACAAACCACAUAGUCAAAUUAGGGUACAUCAACAGCUUCCAGAGUUCAUCCCACUUGAGGCAUCAAACACAGCAGAUGUCCCAGAAGUUAAGUUUGCUCCUGACCUGCUGCCCAUGUUCAGACAGCAGUACGACAACAACAUCUUCACAGGUGCCAAGGUCCCUGACCCGGCCUGCUAUGGACACACCCAGUUCCACCUGGUCCCGGACCGGUACCGCCGAGACAACAUGAUCAAACGUAACUUGGAGGACCAAAUCGAGGUCUUCCUGAGGUCCAAUGCCAUUGCCAGUCUCUUUGCAUGGACUGGGGCCCAGGCCAUGUAUCAAGGUUUCUGGAGCUACGAGGAUGUGACCAGACCCUUCGUGUCCCAGGCUGUGAUCACAGACGGCCAAUACUUCUCGUUCUUCUGCUAUCAGCUGAACACACUGGCCUUGUCCGCGGAGACCGACUCAGGGAACCCGAGGAAGAACGUUCUCUGGGGGACAACGAGCAUGCGUCUGUAUGAAUCUGUCCAAGAUGGGGCUGUGAUCGGCCUGGACGACUCUGUGCUGAAACUGCUGGUUCAGUUCUUGAUGAACAAGCCGUGAAUAGGACGAAUCAGGAAUGAGACUGCACCAGGGAGUCUUUGAAGUUGUAACUCAUGAUCAUACAUGACAAAUGUGUAUGGUAAAUAUAUAGUGUAUAUUCAUGUUGGAAAAUAUUUGGGUGAGAUGGUUAAUUGCUUGUAAGAAUGAAUAGUUUCACUUUAACUCAAAUACAAAUACAUUAAAUGGGUCGAGUUUAGCCUCAAGUGUUUGAAUUUGGUUUAUUUUUUUUGCCACUAGAUGGUGCAAAACAGCUUAUUACGUGAGAACCAUACACAGAUUGAGAUAAGUGAGAUAAGAGAUAACACAUCAAAAAUUGACACAGGUUAUAUCUAAUGUAUAUUACCAUAUGUAUGGAUUUUGUAUAGGCACACUGCUUUUUGGAUACAAACAACCAAGACACCAGAAGUUAACAGAAUCCCAGAACAGUGUAGUGUAGUACCUUAUGUAAUUAUCAUUUAGCAAAUGCUUUAAAGUUGCCGAGUUAAGGCAUUGCACACAUAAAUCAGAGUGCAGUAGUACAAGUAAAAC